AAUUCAGAAAAACCCCAAGGAGAAUAAGAAGGAAAUUAAUCAAGUCAACGUUGAAUUUUAAUAAGCAAAUUGAAGGUGAUAAAAGGGCUGGAAAUGGGUUUAGUGAUAAUUGUAGUGUGUAUAUGUGUGGUGAUUCUGAUAUAUAAAGGUUUCUUUACGUAUAAAACUAUUCCAGUCAAUCGGACUCUACCGAUUCCAAACCCUUUGAUAGCAUCUUUAUCAUCAUCUUUUGAAUCUGCUUCUCCUGCUUCUUAUGAUGUAUUUCUAAGUUUCAGAGGAGAAGAUACCCGCAAGACCUUUGUAGAUCAUCUCUACUCUGCCCUCCAACGCCACCUAAUCCACACUUAUAAGGAUGAUGAAACACUUCCCCGGGGUGUAUCCAUCGGUCCAUCCCUCUUAAAGGCUAUCAGACAAUCACGUAUAGCCAUCAUUAUAUUCUCCAAAAACUAUGCGGAUUCUUCUUGGUGCUUGGAUGAACUCGAGUAUAUCAUGAAAUGCAAAGAUGAGACUGGGCUAAUCGUUAUGCCGGUGUUUUAUGACGUGGACCCAUCUGAGGUAAGAAAACAAAAGGGGGAUUUUGGAGAAGGAUUUGCUAAGCAAGUGGCAAACAAUUUCACCAAAAUUGAAUCAUGGAGAAAAGCACUUGUUGAUGCAAGCAACCUUUCCGGAUGGCAACCCAAAAACGUUGCUAACGGGCAUGAAUCAGAAGUCAUAAAAAAAAUUGUCGACACAAUUUUCGAUAGAUUGUAUCACUUUAUUUCAGAUAUUGAUGAUGACCUAGUUGGAAUGAGGACUCGAUUGCAAGAAAUGAUAGCACACUUAGAAAUGGGUUCAGAUGAUGUACUGAUGGUUGGAAUAUGGGGGGUUGGUGGCGGUGGCAAGACUACUCUUGCUGCUUCCGUUUAUAUGGAAAUCUCUCGUCAGUUUGAGGGUAGCUGCAUUGUGGAGAAUAUUCGAGAGAAGUCAAGAAAAUAUGGUUUUGAAAAAUUACAAGAAGACAUCUUAUCAUCUAUUUUAAAUAAAAAUGUGGAAGUACCCAGUAUAAUAGAAGGAAAAAACAAGAUAAAAACAAUGUUAUGUCGUAGAAAAGUAUUAAUACUUCUUGAUGAUGUUGAUAAACUUGACCAGUUACAAGCGUUAGCUGGAUCAGAUAAAUGGUUUGGAGGUGGGAGUCGAAUAAUAAUCACAACUAGAGAUCAGCAUUUGCUAGAUUCCCACAAGGCUAAAAAUAAAAAGGUUUAUCCUGUGAGAUUAUUAUCAAAAGAUGAGGCUAGUCAGCUUUUUAAGAUACAUGCAUAUAACGAAAAUAACCCAUUAAAAGAUUUUGAGAAGUUUUCAUCACAUGUGGUUGAAUAUGCUUCCGGGCUUCCAUUAGCACUUAAAGUUUUAGGUUCUUUUCUAUACGACAAAAACGAGGAGGAGUGGAUUAGCGCUUUGGAUAGAUUGAAAGACAUCCCCGAAAAGGAAAUUGUGGAGACGCUCAAAAUUAGCUAUGAUGGACUUAACACUUUAGAGAAAGAGUUAUUCUUGGACAUUGCAUGUUUCUUAAGAUUUUCUACCCCGCAUGAUGCAAUGGAGAUGCUUGAAGCUUGUGGGUAUUACCCUCAUAUAGGUAUAAAGAUUUUGAGAGAAAAAGCUCUCAUAACUAUUAAUAGGGAUGGUGAGUUUGAUAUGCACGACCUUAUUCAAGAAAUGGGACACUUCAUUGUGAGAGGCGAAAAUCCUGACAAUCCUGAAAAACAUAGCAGAGUUUGGAAACGUGAAGAAAUCAAUAACAUGUGUUUUCGUGGUGCAAUAAUGGAAAAUGACAAUAUUAAAGUGAUGGAUUAUAGAUAUUAUCCUCGUGACCAAGCUCAUUCAUCACGCUUGUGUAUGAUUGUUUCAAACAUGAAACAACUAAGGUGUCUUUGGCUGGACAUAGAAGAUGGCCACAAUGAUGAUGGAGGGCCUACUUUUCUUUCUAAUGAAUUAAAGUACAUUCAGUGGACAAACUAUCCUACAAGUCCAUUUCCGGAUAGUUUUCAACCAGUGAAGCUGGGUGCUCUACACUUGAGGCGCAGCCAUCAGAAAAAACUUUGGAUGGGUCACAAGCAUCUACCUCAUUUAAAAGUGCUUAGACUCACUCAGAUGGUUAACCUAGUCAGCACACCAGACUUCAGCGGACUUCCUUGUCUUCAAAAGUUUAUUCUUAGUGCCUGUCCCGAGUUAGAAGAGAUCCACCCAUCUCUGGGAAAUCAUGCAAGUCUUGAAUACAUUAUAGUAUCAGCGUGUGACAGGCUUCGAAUGUUUCCAACUAUUGUCCAAAUGGAAAAACUCAAGUCUCUUCAAAUAGAGUAUUGUGAUGCGAUUUCUGAGUUCCCGAAGAUCCAAGCAAACAUGGAAAGCUUAGUAGAGUUAUCUUUGGAUGGGAAUGGGAUAAAAGUUCUACCUUUAUCAAUUGAAAACCGUUGUACCAAUCUUGAAUCAUUGAAUGUGAGUGGAUUUUUUGAACUAAAGGACAUUGAAUUCAACUUGGAUGCCUUGAUACAUUUAAGCACUUUGGAAUGUCGGCAAUAUCGUAGAAAUUGUACGUUGAUGUUCCAUCACUUUCCACGUAGCUUAAGAAAGUUGGAUCUCAGCUGUUCAGUUAUCAAAGAUGGAGAAAUUCCAUCAGAUAUUGGUGAGUUAUCCAACUUACUAGAGCUACAUCUAAGAUAUAACGAAUUUACGCGGAUAGAUUUUAGUCUCUCACAACUUACUCGGCUUAAACUCCUCAACUUGGAGCUUUGCAAAAGCCUUGUAGAACUGCCCAAGCUCCCAUCAAGUUUAGCUAUUCUCCUAGCCGAUGAAUGCAAACUACUUACAACUUUUGGAGAUUGUUACAAAGAUUGUGAAAGGUUAUGUCAAGUCUCACUUUUGGACGGGAGUAUUGUAAUUGAUGGUGACAGAUUACUAGAAUGCAUGCUUCAGAGAAAUGCUAUUGAAGAUCAUUCUAUGCUUCUUGAACUGGGAGGCCGUGAGAUUCCAAAGGGGUUUAUACCCUGUCUUUGUAAAGGGAGUAAAUGCACGUUGCAACUUCCAAAUAACUGGUGUGACGACUUCUGUGGAUUCUUAAUUUGUGCCGUUUUCAAGAAGAAAUCCCGCUACGAAGCUGUAAAGAUAAGUAUGCAACAACCCAUGAGUACUGAGGAGGGUAUGGAUUCUCGACAAAAUGAUGUGGUUUGGGAGGAGGGUAUUGGAGAUACUAGUACUAGUACAUGGGUGGGGUAUAUUUCAUUUGGUUCAUUGAGAAACACUUUUUGGUGGGAUCGAAUGCCAUUGCCAUGCAACACCCUUUCCUUCUCCAUUGAUGAAGAUAGAUUUCCAUGUAGUGGGGUUGGAGUUAGGCUGGUUUCCAGAGAUGGUCGUCAAACAGAUUCUUCUGAUGAACUUUGUGAUUACGAACCUAGCUUCCGCAUUCGACAUGACUCGGCGUAUGCUUUAACUUUUUCUCUUUGCCAAUAUUAUUAACUUACAGGUUUCUGGAAACAGAUAUUUGAUUAUUCUCAUCACUGAUGCUAGCUUUUGUUGUCCAAAGGGAUUGCUUUGUUACACACUUGUACUUGUUUAGAUUUGAAUGUCACCGCAUAUAUAUUUGUGUAUGUAAACAUUAUUAGUAGUUGUGUAUAGGAAACUGCAAAUCACGAUGUUAUGUUUCAUCUAAGUUUCUGUUUGGUUGUUUA